AUGACCGGCCCGCUGGCCCUCGGCCUGCUCCUCGGACCCCUCCUCCACGCCGUCCGAGGUUACCUGACUGUCAGCAUCGAGCCGCUUCCUCCGGUGGUGGUCGGGGAUGCCGUGACUUUGAAAUGUAACUUCAAGACAGAUGGCAGGAUGCGGGAGAUAGUCUGGUACAGGGUAACGGACGGCGGGACCAUCAAGCAGAAGAUUUUCACCUUUGAUGCCAUGUUCUCCACCAAUCAGUCGCACAUGGAGAAUUAUCGGAAGAGGGAAGAUCUGGUGUAUCAGUCUACCGUGCGGCUUCCUGAGGUCCGGAUCUCAGACAACGGCCCCUAUGAAUGCCACGUGGGGAUUUACGACCGAGCGACCCGGGAGAAGGUGGUGCUGGCGUCUGGGAACAUUUUCCUCAAUGUGAUGUCUCCUCCCAUCUCCAUCUCGGUCAUCGCUGCGGACACCCCCGCCCCCUUCAGCCGCUACCAGGCUCAGAACUUCACCUUGGUUUGCAUCGUCUCUGGUGGAAAGCCGGCACCCAUGGUGUACUUCAAGAGAGACGGGGAGCUGAUCGAGGUGGUGCCCCUGGCGGAACCCCCCGUCAACGCUGCUAGCUUGCAAGACGGCCGAGCAUCUCGGAACCUGCUGAACCGGGACCUGGACGACACCAAGAUGCAGAAGUCGCUGUCCCUGCUGGACGUGGAGGACCGGGGCGGGAGGCCCUUUACGGAGGCCCCUUUCAAAGGCCUCACCCCCAACCAGGGACUUCUGUUUAGCCCCGCCACAGAGGUCGUCCCAGAGACUGUGGUGAGCCGGGAGUUUCCGCGCUGGAUCCACAAUGUGGAGCCCGUCUACUACUUCCACCACACCCACAUCCCCAUCAGCGACGGGACCGUGGAGGUGCGGGCAAUGCUCAUGUGGACGCUUAACCCCCAGAUAGACAAUGAAGCCCUCUUCAGUUGCGAGGUGAAACACCCCGCCCUCUCUAUGCCCAUGCAGUCCGAGGUGACCCUAGUGGCUCCCAAAGGACCCAAGAUCCUGAUGACCCCGACGAGGGCCCGAGUGGGAGACACGGUUCGCAUCCUGGUGCAGGGCUUUCAGAAUGAAGUCUUCCCGGAACCCAUGUUCACCUGGACCCGAGUCGGGAGCCGGCUUCUGGACGGCAGUGCCGAACACGACGGGAAAGAGCUGGUCUUGGAACGAGUGCCGGCGGAACUGAACGGGUCCAUGUUCCGCUGCACAGCGCAGAACCCACUUGGCUCCACGGACACCCACACCAGGCUGAUCGUAUUUGAAAAUCCAAAUAUCCCAAGAGGAACAGACGAUUCCAAUGGUGCAGCUCCCAGCCUCACCAGCUCCAGGCUUCUUCUGGCCCUCAUCUUAACAGUGAUCUUAGAAAUGACGUGAAGCCUUCGCCAAGCCCUGA